AUGGACGCCGCGAGCGAGCAGUGGGCGUUCGACGCGAUCGCGGUCGUCACCGUGGGAGGGAUCAUGCCGCUGGCGGUGAUGUUGCUGCAGAGUCGACGGGCGAGUAAGCGCGCGUGCGCGACGGCGCUGAUGCUGUGCGCGGUGCUCUUCGUCGGUGCGUUCGAACACGCGCGGGCGUCGAGACCGGAGAUGCGUCGGGCGCGAGGGUUUAAAAAUGUCAUGCGCGCCGCGCGCCGGGCGCGCGCGGGCGGGGGUGGAUCGUGGACGACGGCGUCGUCGCGCGCGGAGACGCGUCCCGGAGGCGCGCGCGCGGAGACGCCCGCGCGCGUCUUCGACGCCGACGUCGUCGUCGUCCCGGACGGGAUCACCACCCCGCCGUCGACGCGAGUGUAA